AGUCUCUUUGUAAUUCCUCUUUCAUACUCAAAGAUCAUCAACAUUACUCAAUCAAUUAAUCACAAAUAUACUAAAGCCCACUACAUCUUCCUAAAUAUUUCCAACAUUUGGUAUCAAGAGCCAAUUAUUCUAAAGCCUCCAAUACAACCAAUAAUUCUUGCAUCCAACCUAAUCCACCACUUAAAUAUACAUGGCCUCAAACACAUUCAACUAUCCCCAAGUUAAUUGGGUACCUUUAUUUAAAGGGGAAAAAUACCAACAAUGGUGUAUGCAAAUGAAAUCUGUAUUUAUCUCACAAGAUUUGUGGGAGUUAGUCCAAAAUGGGUACGAACAACCCAAGGAUGCCAACGAAGAAGCUACUUGGGAUGAAGCAAAAAGGAAGCAUUACAAACAAAAUAGGAUAAGGGAUAACUAUGUCCUAUCCUUAAUCUAUCGUGGAGUAGAUGAAACAAUCCUUCCUACCAUCAUGGCUGCUACAACGGCCAAGGAGGCUUGGAGCAUCUUGGAGACAAAAUAUAGAGGCUCCGAAAAGCCGCCGACUCUCUGCCGACUUGCCCAGCCACCGGACCACCGCUCGCCGCCGCCACCAAGGCCGCCGGACCACCGUCGUCAGUCACGCCGCACCACCGCUGCCGCCUCGUGCACCGCCGCCCAUGACAGCAGCCAGCCACCGCCGCUGCCGCCUCGUGCACCGCCGCCCAGCCUCCUUGUUCUCUCUUAUUUGGCGGAGAAUUCUCUUUAGGCGACUUUUGAAAGUGUUAAAGUGACCUAUCAGUUUGUUUACACAAGUCUCUAAGGAUCAAUAAGCGUUGCCCAUCUACAGGUUUGAAGAUGAUGCAUCAUUGGGAUCGGGAUUAGAGAGCUUGUAGUUAUAUUUGCUUUAUUAAGUGAUUUGGCUUGUUGACUUAAAUUUGAAAUUUGUCGUACUAUUCGUAUUUCCUUAUUUCAGUUAAUUGGUUUUGGACUAAUAUGUAAUAAGAUUAUUUAUGAACCUAAAAGUUAGU